UAUUUGCCCUCCAACUACAACGACUACUACACGUGACAAGUAUUGAAAGAGAUGAAGGCUGCAUAACUGUCUUUCGUUCAUUUCAAACUUUAAGGCUGCAGCUGCCAACUGCCUUUUUUGUCUCUAAGUUUAGAUUAUUUUUUAUUCCAUUUUUGGCUAAUUUCGCUGUUCGGGCCGUUAGUUCUCGCACCUGCGCAAAUGGCAAAGCGCAGCUACUACGACAUCGACGACAUCCUUGCGGGCCAAGAGCGCGUGCCCUGCUUCCUCCGCACAGACCUCGACGGACUGGGGUCCGCAGGCAGUGGAGGCGGGUCUAGCAAAGUGCACCGCAAUACACGCUGGACGCUCCCCUACUGGAUGGCCGACCGGCUGAACGAGGAGGACUACCUGGAUAUGGAAGUUUCACCCAUCUUUGCCAAGCGCGCAAACCGCAUGUACGCGGCAUCACCCGAGAGCAUGCAGCUGCGGGCCAUCUGCCAGCACUACUACCAGUUUGGGUUGCAGCUCGGAGAAAUGGUUCCUGAGAUCCCUCAUGUGCUGCACAAUAUGUAUAUGACGCGGAUACGCAAGGUCGCUCGGAUUUCUCAACAGGGUCAUAAUGUGGAGGCGCUGGACUUUGUGCAGUCUUUGGAUAAGACGGAGGCCAGGAUGCUCAGGCUGUGCCAGCAGGCCCAGGGCGCCAUUAUUGCUUGGCAGCAAAACCGCGCGUAUGCCCUGAAAAGAGCAGCUGUGAUCCACGACUGACAGGGAGGAAAAAAUAUGAGAAAAAUAUUCUUCAAAAUCUGCAUUGAUCGAAAUUGAUCGAUCCCACUCCAAGCUACAGGCAGGCUCUCCUACCUCCUUUAUAU